AGGAGGAGGGAGCGGGGAAGAGAGGAGGAGGACAGACCGACAGCGGUGCGCGCGGAGCCAAGUCUCUCCGUCUCGUGUGUGGGCUACAUCUUCUCUGUCCUCGCUCACGCGACGCGUCGUGGGUUUGUUCUUUAUUUAGCGAGGUGCAGUUUCCUUCACGGUCGGGUCUCGAGUGUCGCGGUUACGGUUCGAUUUUAGAUUCCGUGAGGAAAAGCGUGCGCGAAACAGCUCCGUUGCGCAAUUGGACACAAACUUAUAGCCUACUCUUCCACAUUGGAACUACGGGAAUUGUUUAAUAUCCUAUAUUUAGUAAAGUUGUAAAGUAGUGUGUGUUGUUGUUGGAGCUCUCCGUCACUCACCGGAGUAGACUACGGUGAACGGACACCGGGUCUCCAUGUGGUGGUUGAAACGGCGCGCGACGCUGCUCCGGCUGGGCGUGCUCGUGCUGCUCCUCUACCUGCUCCAGGUCGCGGCGGCGGACGUGACGCGCGCGGGGCGCGUGAAAAAGAAGAAGCCUGUGCUUGUGGCGUCCUCGCGGACCCGCCGGUGUCUGGACCUCCAGGAGGAGAUCCUCGAGCAGAUGCUCGGUCGCCUAUCGGUGGGGGUCCUCCAGGCUUUUCACCAAACACUGCAGAUCGCGCCCAGCGAACGGCACAACCUCACCUGCCCCGCGGCCGGCCGCCUACUCCAAAGUGACUCCAAGACCCGCGUGCCGGUCAACCUGCUCAGCCUAUCUCCCUGGGCCUACCGCAUCUCCCACGACCCCUUGAGGUACCCGCGCUUCAUCCCCGAGGCCUACUGCCUGUGCACGGGCUGUCUGACGGGACCCGGCGGCAAGGAGAGCGUGCGGCACCGCAGCACGCCCGUCUACACGCCCUCCGUCAUUCUGCGACGCACGGGUGCGUGCGUCGCGGGCCGCCACUCCUACGUGGAGAGCUAUGUGUCCUUGGCCGUGGGGUGCACGUGCGUCCCGCUGCUCGCCGAGGACCGAGAGGCGCAGAGCGGGAACCAGAGUUUGGACAGAGUUGCUCCUAAACAUGGAGGAGAGACUGGAGUGACUAACGGUAACAAGAUUGUAUAUAAAACCACCACUGGAGGGCUGGUAUAAAACCAUAGUGGGAAACGCCUGCGUUAUUCAAACUAAUCUCAAAAAUACUACGAGGAGAUUUGUUGGAAUAAAAAGCAGCAGACAAGUGGUCCUCAUGGAUAAACAUAAAUAGUAACUAAGCUUGGCCUGACGGCUAAUAAGUAAUAUGAUUAUUGAUUGCUCUUUGAAUCUUGGAUCGUAUUUUUAGGAAGAGAGAAAAUACAUAAAUUGACACACAACAUUCGAUGCAGGCCAUGCAUGACAACUAUAUAUCGAUUAUAGAUAUAUAAGCCUAUAAUAUAUUACAAACACACCAGUCGACAAAAGGUUACAGUUGAUGUCUGUCACCAUGCUUUAAGUAUUGUAUAUACAGUACUACUCAACACAUAAACAGAUGCUACUAGGUUACUAUACAACAGAACUGCAGUAAAUUAUUAAGCAGGAGGGAAAUCGCCUCAAAGAGCUACCCUCGGUCACAACAGCCCAGACCCUCAAUAUAGAGGCACGAAUGAAUGAAGCUAUACGAUACCUUUCUACGAUGUCAAUUACUAAUAGCCAAGAGAUUCUUCACACUGAAUAUUAUGAAUCGGGCAGUGAUGAGUCAGAUACCUCAAUGAGACUUUUAUUAAAAUCACUUUAUUGAAUCAA